CUGAACCGCUGCCCAAGUGACGUGGCGCCCACUCGCAGCUUCCUCGUCCGCCCGCCACGUCAGCGUCCGCCCGCUUCUCAGCCACCCCCGAACGUCUGCAGCGGAGACCGCGGGACUCCCUGACACCGCUGUCACCGAGGAGACCCGGAGCUGUGGCAUACGGUUUCUUAUGACUUCACUCUCCCAACUUUAAAGGGUAGAAACCCCUUCUAAAAGCACAACCGAAAAUGAACAAGUUCAAGGGACCCGUGACAUUAAGGGAUGUUACUGUGGAAUUCACCAAGGCAGAAUGGAAGUUACUGACCCCUGCUCAGAAGUCGCUUUACAAGAACGUGAUGCUGGAGAACUACCGUCACCUGGUCUCUGUGGGUUACCGUGUGAUUAGGCCGAGUGUGAUCUCCAAGUUGAGGAAAGGAAAAGAGCCGUGGGUAUUAGAAAGAGAACUUCCAAAUCGGAACCGUGCUGACAAACGAGGGAAUGCUGCUGACCCCAGAGCCAAACACCAGGAACAUCAGGCUGGAAAUGCAAGGAAAGGAGAACUCAACAGACGUCGGAAAGCUGCCACCCAGCACGAAAGCUACGACUGCAGUGAAUGCGGAAAGUCCUUCUGCCAGAAGUCUUCCCUCGUUGUGCACCAGGAAACGCACACCAAGAAGUCCUAUAAGUGUGAGAAAUGUGGACAAUCUUUCUAUAAAAAUGAAGAGCUCACGGCUCAUCAGAAAGUUCACACCAGAGAGAAAACCUACGCGUGUAAAGAAUGUAACAAAAUCUUCUACCACUUAUCAUCCCUUACUAGACACCUGAGAAUCCAUGCAGGGGAGAAACCCUAUGAAUGUAGCCAGUGCGAGAAAUCAUUCUACCAGAAGCCACACCUCAUGGAACAUCAGAAAACACACACCGGGGAGAAACCUUUUGAGUGUAAGGAGUGUGGGAAGUUCUUCUAUGUGAAGGCAUACCUCCUGGUGCACCAAAAGACACACACGGGGGAGAAACCUUUUGAGUGUAAGGAGUGUGGGAAGUUCUUUUCCCAGAAGUCACACCUCACAGUGCAUCAGAGGACCCACACAGGGGAGAAACCCUAUAAAUGUAAGGAAUGCGGGAAACUCUUCUCUAGGAACUCACACCUCAAAACACACCAGAGAACGCACACAGGCGAGAAGCCCUACAAGUGUAAGGAAUGUGGCAACUGCUUCUACCAGAAGUCAGCCCUCACUGUGCACCAGCGAACCCACACUGGGGAGAAGCCCUUUGAAUGCAGUAAGUGUGGGAAAACCUUUUACUAUAAGUCAGACCUCACCAAACACGAGAGGAAACACAGCGGGGAGAAGCCCUAUGAGUGUACGGAGUGUGGCAAAUCCUUCUCUGUAAACUCAGUCCUCAGACUACACGAGAGGACUCACACGGGAGAGAAGCCCUAUGAGUGUGACAUCUGUGGGAAGUCCUUUUCUCAGAAGUCACAUUUUGUCAUACACCAGAGGAAGCACACGGGGGAGAAGCCCUAUGAGUGCCAGGAGUGUGGGGAAAAUUUUAUCCAGAGGUCACAGCUCACCACACAUCAGAAGACACAUGCCAAGAAAGGGAAAACUUCCAAGUAGCCUGAGUUCCGGGUUCCUGCCAUAGUUCAUCCUUCUGAUGUAAUCCACUCAGUAGGAGAACCGUCUAAGUAUCGAGGAAAGAUUUGUCAGCCAUGUUUAUCUUUUCCGUAUAGAAUUAUCAGCACAUGUAUAGAAGGAAAUUCUGUGGUGUUAUUAGGAAGACCUUUACAAUACGGCCAAUUUUUAUAGACAUCAGGUGACAGAAACUGUAAGACAUGAGAGAUAAAAUGGGGCAGAAAUCAAGUGAGUGUCCGGAAGUUCUGUCCUGCAUCAGGCACUAUGCAUUCCAAGUACACAGUGAGGACCUCCCAUGGGUGUCCAGUCUCUUCACACGGUUGCACGUGUCUUAAAAAGAUCAAGGGGGAUUAGUGCACAGAUUGCAGCAGAUAUGGAAGCCUUAUCAGGAACACAUCCAUCACUGAAUGCUGGUUAUACUAAUACUUUGAUCAUAGCUAAGUAGGCAUUUUCAGUAUUUGAAAUAUUUUUAAGAAAAACGAAAGGAAUUUGUCCUGGAGGCAGCAGUCACGCUGUGAAUCAAGUUGCCAAUUCCAAGACUGAUUUUCCUUCCUAAAGAAACAAGCAACGAAACCAGAAACCAAUAAAUACCACACAUAUCAAACUAUUUAGAGAGCUAAAAUAAUCAGGAAACACCACUAAACCGACGUGUUUUUGAUAUGUAGAAUGUAGGUGUGUAUAUGGGUAUCUACAAAACACAUUUGUACGUGUGUGACUUGCCCGUGGGACUCAUCGGUUAUUGUGCCUAAGCUCAGUAACUAGAAUGUGUGAGAACACUUGCACAUCAGCAGUGAUCUCCAUUGAUAGUGUUGUUACUGUAACCUCCGUUGGCGUAUAUUUUAAACACACAGUGUAUCUUUUCAUCUACUUCCCGGCACUUACAAAUGGGUUCAGACAUUGUUACUAAGUGGACCCUUCAGAAGACUCUUAAAGGCCUUUGUAAUUUUUCCAGCUAUAUGGUGAUCAGCUGCACUUUGGGUUGGAGAUGCAGCUGUAGCAGUCUGAACUUAUCUUACUGUAGAUGUUGUGGAGUGGUGGUAUCUGUGUUUGUAUUUUGUAUGAAAAAUACCUCAUUGUUUUUUCUUCUCUUUCUGGGUAGCGGAGGCAACAUGGCCAGUGACUAAAACUGAGAUUCUAGGCUCCUACUACCUUGACCCAGACCCCAGCAUGGCCAUGCCAUGCAACUUCACUGUGCCUCAGCUUCACUUCCUGUGAGAGCAACGGCAGUGGCACCCUAAAAUUGCCUUGAGGUUGAAAUAGGUUGGCAUUUUAAAGCACUCAGAACAGUGUCUGUGAAAUGUAAAAACUUGACAUUCGGUAAUAUUCUCAUUAAUUUGUAUAUCCUGAAUCAUACAUUGGAAGGUCGGCAGCCCACUACCAAUCUCCCACCCGAUUGCUGUUAGUGCCUUGAUUUGAUUUGGCUGUGUGUCUACCCACGGUGGCUCAGGAGCAGAUCCAUGAACCAUGGUCCAUCUGCCAGAUCCACGGCCCAUUCUUAUAGCCUCUAAGCUGAGAUUACUUUUUUAUUACUCAAUUAUUGCAAGAAUGAAAUGUUUUGUGACACAUGAAGGUGGCAUGAAACAAAAUGCCAGUGUCUCUAAAUGAAGCACUUUGAGAACACUAUUCCAAACCCAUUUUCUUACCCUCUGCCUGUGGCUGCCGUCACACUGCUGGCAGAGCUGAGUAAUACAGGCAGACAGACCACAUGGCUAAUAGAGCCUAAGACAUCGACGACUCAGCACUUUACCACACAGGUUCCGGUUACUCCGGGCUGCACACCCUGCAGCGGGUCCUGAGCCCACUCUUAUAAAUGUUCUGUUUAUUAAACAUGGGUGGGUGACUUCUGUGUAGUAUAUUUAUUUUGUGCAUCGUAUUUAUAUGUGGAAAAAGCCUAGGCUUAGAAGUAUUUUUCCCAAAGAAAUGUGAUUUUUUUUACUUACUGAAUUGUUACAGUAAAACAAUUUCCUGAUGAAAUGUAACAAAUAUAUGAAAUAAAC